AGGGGCAACUUUACUUGUGAUAAGGUCACGAGGGGGUAGAUACAAUGGGCACAAAACUCGAAACGAAAACAGCAGCCCAUAACCUUGACGACGUGCCUCAGCACCAAACGCUGGAUGACCGCUCUGCUGAUACGGAGUUCACAAAAAGGGCGAGACCAAUGGCCUCGCGCAGAGACAUUGAAUUUGGUCACGUCUUGAAGGCCUUCAAACACGGCGACUCAAAGCCUGUCGGGAAUUCACUCGACACAAUUCUGGCCAGUAUCAAAGGUUCACUUGAUAUACCUUAUCAAGGAGGUGUUUUCUAGAUCACAAUCAGGUUGUGGAUGAAAAGCCGCCUCUGCUACGGUUCCACACAUGCAUCUGCCAACCCAAAC